GGACAACUCACCAUGUUAGGCCAUUUUUUGGCAGUGAAAUGUAGAUUGAGACGUACAGCAACACUUUUGGACAUUGUUUCCGUAACUCUCGUACUUAUGUAGAUAGACUAUUCGAGGAACAGACAUCUCAUUAUGGAAAGAAAAAUCAAGUUACGCACUUUAAAUAGCCACAUCAUUUGCAAAAUCUGUAGUGGUUACCUCAUCGACGCAACGACUGUCACGGAGUGUCUUCAUACAUUUUGUAAAAGUUGCUUGGUCAAGCACUUGGAAGAAAAUAAUACAUGUCCCUCUUGCAAUAUCAUGAUCCACCAGUCCCACCCCCUUCAGUACAUCAGUUUUGAUCGGACAAUGCAAGAUAUUGUCUAUAAAUUGGUCCCUGACUUACAAGACAAUGAAAUGAAACGUGAGAAAAGCUUUUACAUGAAUCGUGGAAUCACAUGUCCAAAAGACAUGUUGACCAAUAAUGAACCACUUGGUACCAACAAACCCACAGAGAGUGAUGUAAAUGAUACUGACUUUCAUCGAUUUGAUGAGCAGGUGAACAUAUGCCUAGAGUGUGGAGCAAAACAAUUAUCACAGUUAGAACGGAGAUUUCUUAGAUGCUCAUCACAGGCCACAGUGACACAUCUUAAAAAAUUCAUUGCCUUGAAACUCCUGGAUAGCAUUGAUGCUUAUAGAGAUGUUGAUAUUCUAUGCAAUGAUGAGCUGCUGGGGAAGGACCAUACUUUAAAAUUUGUGAUUUUGACUCGGUGGAGGUUUAAAGAAGCACCCCUAAAGUUGGUCUACAGACCACGGGUGGAUUUGAUGUAAAGCAAAAUUCUUAUCUAAAGUCGAUCUCGUGCGGAGAAUCAAAUGGUUCUUUGAUUCACCAAUGCAUUACAAUUGUAACUUACAGAUGCUUCUGUUAAAUUGCUGUUCUGAGUUUGCGUAGCAUCGAUGUUACAUUCUGUCAACGGUGUAUUUGGAAGAACCCCAUCCAAUUUCCUGAUGUAUUCUGUUUGAUAUCUCUAUUUUUUUCUUGGUAUGAAUGGUGCGACUAGAAAAAUGGUGUGUACAGUCCAGGUAUAGUUGUGUUCGAUAACAUUGUGUUUCGGGGCCAAUACAGAAAUGGUAUCAGCUGAAA